UAAAAAAUAUAUAGAUUCUGAGGACUCGUUGACUGCUAAUUCCCCAAUUAGACUCUGAACGUAUAGAUUAGGGUUCAUUGGGGACCACAUUAAUGCUCUACCUAAUCGCAAGAGAUGACACAUGCGUGUCGUUGUCACGCUUCUUCCUGAUAAUAAUGUGAAAAUCCGUCAUUUCAUUCGCUGACUCUCUGCAGGUGGCGUCUCCGUUUCGUGAUUAUAUGGUUGAUGAAACUUCGAUGGCUAUGAUGUAGCUGUUAUACUAUAUAAAUGACAGGCAUGUGUUUUUAAGUAACGGAACGCAUUAUUAUUAGUAGGGAAGGGAGACUGGGAUGUUAGACGGUAGACGCCUCCAAAACUGAAAGCAGCAUAAUGACGGAAGGUGGCGCAUUUUAAGCGCUGAAAUCGAGCCUACUCUACGCAGCACUAAUUUAAUACAAUUGCUUUUUUCUCUGCUUGUUGCUCUUUUUCCUUCGUUUUCUGUCUCUCUCUAACUUGGCCAGUGGCACUGGUGGUGGUGGUGGUUAUGUAGGAGUAGGAGGAGGAACAGGAGGAGCUGACGCAAUCACAUUCCAUAGAAGGCGUCACCAUCAGGGAUUCAAUAACCAUAUUUAUAUCUCUUUCUCCCUCUCGCAUUCGCGUGCACUCUUGUUUCGGCCCCUGUCAGAUCUGUGUUUCUCGACAUGUUACUGUUGCUUUGUUGCUCUGUUUUUCCCCCCUCUUUAGUAUAGUCUAAUCUCUCAUUUCCACUGUGUCUGUCUCUCUCUAGCGAUGGAUUUUUCUCUCUCUAGGGUUUAGGCCGUUAAGCUGGUUUUGUUUCAUUUUAUUUUUAUCUCGUGUGUGUUUGUGUGUCGUUCAUAGUAUCGUGCAGGAGAUGCGUCGAAGAAGAACCUUGGUUUUGAGUACUUGAUGAAAAAUGUAAGCCUUUUUACUUUUCAUCAUUUUCCAUGAGCAGGGUAGUGGUUUUCUUGCUAUCGGGCAAAUUUUUGUCUGUUUGUUUAUUUUCUGUAGUAGAAUGCUUGGUUGCGGUGGAAAUUUUGGAAAAGCUUGUUUCAUUGUCUUGUGAUUGUUAAAAAUUUCUACGAAUCUAUGGUUCAAAUAGACUAGCACAGCGGCUAUAUUAUAUAUCAAGUAACAAUUUUUCAAUACUCCACUAUGCUCAUUAUUUUUUGUUGUUCUUUUCUGGGAAUCUGGGUAUGUUAGUUAUGGCAGCUCUUGCUUUAAUAAUACAUUGAUUAAUGAUUCCAUUAUGGAAACCCUGUUGUAAAGCAGGUUUCUUCAGCUGAUAAGAGUUGAUGUAUCCAGAUAUUAUUUGCAAAUUUAAGUCGGUUCUGAUCUCACCUUUAAUGUUUGUGAUUCGGAUCUAACAAUGUCAAUUAUUUUCUUCGUAUUAAUUUUGCUGAUAAUAUCAAAUUUGACAGCCCCAUUCCUCGCUUACAAAAAAGGAUUGAUUUUUGCGUACUAUAAACGUUGGAGUUGUACCAUAAUAAAAUCGCUCUGCAAUUAGUAACACUUGAUCUUAAAAUUAACAUGCUUUGGCAAUCGUACGCCCAUUUGCUUAUUGGUUAUGAGAUGCCCCAUUAGUGUUAAGAACUCAAGUUUGUUUGAGACACAUUAUGAAGAGUUUAAGGCAAUGGGCAUUGGCAUUUUCACCUGGAAAUGAAGGAGAGGCAGCGUUGGAGAGCUGAAGAGGACGCUUUGUUACGUGCAUAUGUUAAACAAUAUGGUCCUAGAGAGUGGAACCUUGUGUCACAGCGCAUGAACACACCUCUAAACAGGGAUGCUAAAUCCUGCUUAGAAAGGUGGAAGAACUACCUCAAGCCUGGUAUAAAAAAGGGAUCUCUUACUGAAGAAGAGCAGCGUCUUGUUGUCCGACUUCAAGCCAAACACGGCAACAAAUGGAAGAAAAUUGCAGCGGAAGUUCCAGGUCGAACUGCUAAGAGACUAGGAAAGUGGUGGGAAGUGUUCAAAGAGAAGCAGCAGAGAGAGCAGAAGGAAAACAACAGGACAGUGGAGCCAAUUGACGAGGGCAAGUACGAUAGGAUUCUAGAGACAUUUGCAGAGAAGCUGGUAAAAGAACGCCCUACUCCAACAUUUGUCAUGGCCACUUCCAAUGGGGGCUUUCUUCAUACUGAUCCCCCUGCUCCUGCAACAACUCUGCUUCCACCCUGGCUUUCUACUUCCAACUGCGCAUCCUCUGGCAGGCCACCCUCCCCUUCUGUAACCCUAAGCCUCUCGCCAUCAACAGUUGUAGCUCCUCCUCCAAUCCCCUGGCUACAGCCUGAGAGAGGACAGGAUAACACUGCUUUUGUUAUAGGCAGUUUGCCACCUCAUGGAUCAGUCCCUGCUUGUGAGAAUCUGAUGAUAUCUGAGUUGAUGGAAUGUUGCAAAGAGUUGGAAGAAGGGCAUCGCGCCUUGGCUGCACAUAAGAAGGAGGCCGCCUGGAGGCUAAGAAGAGUAGAGUUGCAGCUGGAGUCAGAGAAAUCAAGCCGGAGGAGGGAGAAAAUGGAAGAGAUAGAGUCGAAGAUCAAGGCUCUUAGGGAAGAACAGAAGGCUUCUCUCGAUAGAAUUGAAGCAGAAUACAGAGAACAAUUAGCUGAAUUGAGAAGAGAUGCGGAAACGAAGGAGCAGAAGUUGGCUGAGCAAUGGGCUGCAAAACAUUUGCGUUUUUCCAAGUUUCUUGAACAAAUGGUGUGCAGGCCUAGGCUUGCGGAGCCUAAUGGCCGAUGAAAAGAUUUGCUCUAUCUGGCCGUAUCAGGUAUAAGGUCCGGCUUACUGGUUUGUCAACGGAAGGGGCUUUUAGUAAAGAUUUCUUUUAGUGGAUUGUCUACUUAUAUUAUUUAAUUUCUGCUUAGGGCUUGGUGAAUGUAAGAUAAACUUAGCUUAACAUUCUAUAUAUGACAUUCGCUUGCUGAAAUAUAUAAUAAUUUUAUGCCCA